AUGAUGACCAUCCCUGGACAAAUAGACGCAAUAGUCGCUGAGCAACCCACCGGCACAGCCCAACAUAUCGAAUAUGCCGACACAAACGACGACACUUUUCAUGUUGCCGUGAGACACCAGCAAGAAACUGACACUGAGCAACAAAGCUACGUCGGGCCGUGGCCGCUCAGACAUCGCCGCAACUCCAGCUGGACUGUCCUCAGUGGCAAGAGUGAUGCCACCAGGCGCUCUUUUUCUAACCUUCCGGUCAACUCGGCUGCAGUGAACAAUGGCGCCAGUCCUUUUAUCGCGGAUCUCCCUCUGGACAACCCUUUCAGCGACCAGUUUCACUCCGAAGCCUCAAGUUCCACAAUGAUAGCAGGAAGUGUUGAUGUCCCGGAUUCUCAGCAGCAAAGACGGAAGUCGGAGCUGACCCGAAUUAUGGAACAAGUCGACCAAAAAACCGAAGCUAUUCAGCGCACAGUAAAUAGAGAAGCAAGUUCUUCACGUAACGAGGGAAAGGGGGAAAAUCAGGAAUUCAAAAGGAGUGGGGAAGAGCAUCUUGCAGACGACUCAACUGGCGCGCAAAGACGAGAACGGUCAACUGCCGCACAGACGCUCCAGGUCCCGCCACAACAGCAACGGCCACGGGACAUCGAACGUGAGGUGGCAGCCACCAUGCUCACCCAGCUCGAAACCGAGGAUUGCCAGACCUGCCAAGAAGAAGCCUCGGUCGCGCUUGCAGGAAAGUGCAUGUUGGGAUUGACAGCGAGCAUCCUCGUGGCGAGUUUAUACGCGAUAUACUAUUGCUUCUCGGAAGAGUUCGGCCAGGCCACCACGAUUAUCAAAGAGAAACAAAGAACCCUCCUGUUUCUGUCACUCCUGGCCAUUCCAGUAACGGCGGCCCUGAGCAUGGCGUUACUUGCCUGGCUGGGCUUGAACUCCUAUGGACCGAUCAAACGGCGACUGAACGGAGGGGCUGAGUAUUUCAAGCUCUGGCUGUGCUUUACGUUUCUCGCUCUGUGCAGCUAUUUCCUUAUCGCUGCGGUGUCUUACAAGUAUGCGAAAUGA